AUGAGUUUUCAUAACACAAGUGAUCAAUUAACAUCGUCAUUUGAUGAUAGUGGCGAAAUUAGGUCAAGUCGAAGAACUUCAUCUCGGAUUAGUCCGAAGGAGACCGCAAGUCCACGACGCAAAUCUACUGUUCGAGGUGGAAUCUUGAAGAAAAGUGCCUCUCGUAAUUCGAGAAAAUCUUCCAAAGGAACGCCAAAGUCAAGAAGAAAAGAAAAUGAAAGUGAUGCUGAUUCACAAUUCGAAAUGGAUUAUUCGAAUAGAGAUGAGAAUGACAACUCAGGUCCACCUGAAAAUCAAGAAAAUGAAGAACAGGACAUUCACAACGUAUCAACAGCUAGUGCUGACACUGUUUUCGAUGAACACUUCAAUUCAAACAGCACGACAGUUGUACCAAAACGAGCUAUUGAUCAUUUCGACAAGAGCAAUGUUACUGAAACUGGCAGACUUAAAUGUUCAAUAUGUUUCCAAGAUGGUUUACCUUUCGGAACAUUUCGACGAUCUGGUAUGCAAGAAUUUUUGGAGAAAAUCAAACCAGGUUACCGUGGUCCAACUCGACAAACUGUACGAAAACGUUUAGAUACAGUUUAUCGAGAACGAAAGACUUCGUUGAAAGAAAAAUUUCAAACAAUUCCGUUCAUAUGUUUAACAACUGAUCUUUGGAUGAGUCCUCGACGACAUCAUUUUUUGUCUAUAACAGCUCAUUAUCAUGAUGAAAACUAUCGGAUGUUUUCGAAUGUUAUUUCCUUUCGAUCUUUUCGUGGUCGACAUCUGGCUCCUCGACUAAAAAAAUUCAUUAUUAAUGAAAUUAGGAAAUUAAACAUUGAAUCAAAAAUCUUUUCAAUAACCACCGAUAAUGGUAGUGAUAUUAAAAGCGCAACAUCAUCUGAUGAAUUUGGAAUUCGAUUUUCUUGUGAUGCUCACAAUAUCAAUCGACUGAUAUCAACUGGUUUUGAUUUAUGGAGAAAAACAUCGAAAAAGGUAAAUCAAUAUCUUAUCAUGAAAGAUAUAAAUAACGAAGGAACACAAUCAACAACAGCAACAUCCUCAGCUACAUCAAUGAUAACAACUAUAUCUAAUGAACAAACUCAUGACUGUGACGCUGAAAUAGAAGGAUUGCGUCUUACUGAUCUUGGAGCUAUUUUUGACGAAUGGAUAAAUAAUGAUGAAGAUUAUGUAACCGAUGAUGAAGAUGGCGAUUAUGUGCCGACAUUAGGCGAUGAAGAUAGUGAUAGUGGCUCGGAUUGUUCAGAUGACGACAAUAAUUCUUUAUCGAUUCAAUCACAACAGGGUCGUCGAGCAACUGACGAUGAAGAAGACGAAGAAAAUGAAGAAAUGAAUCAGUUAUUAUCUAAUCCUGAUGAAUUGAAAAAAACGAAUUUCUACUUUUUGAAAAAAGUCCGAAAAUUGAUCAAAAUGAUAAACAAAUCAAGCAUUUUAACGGCCUUUGUUCGAAAUGAAGUUAAACGAAAAGGAAUUGAUUGA